CGUGAGUGAGGUUGUGUUUCAGAUGCUUCGGUUAUGAACAUAUUAUGUCUUUAGAAAUUGAAUCGUAUCAGAGUCCCUAUGAAGUCAGUAUUACGGCAGUACCAGGAUGCAUCGACGAUGUUCCUUUAUACUUUAUUCUGGAAACAAUGAAUAUGUAACUUGGAUGUUAUUUUUACUGGAAAAUUGCUUCACCAAUUCCUUUAAAUGCCCUAAUGUGAAACAAAAUAUAGAUGGUUUUCAGUAUAUUGUAAAAACAAAAAAAGAAGAUCGAAUAUGUUUUGGUACGAUUGUACCCAGGAGCACAAGUCCUAUAGGAAAGGGACUUACUACUUAUCAGAAAAUACAAAUGCCAGAGAUUUUUCCGAAGACUGGGCCGGGUUGUUAUAACACAGAAAAAAAUACAUCUCUCAACUUGAAACUUAAUAAGGUAAGGACGAAAAAAGGGAUGACACCACUCUGCAAUACAGCUUCUCGUUUCAAAGAUUCGUUAAGUUACCAAAUUCCAUCACCUGGAAGAUACAGCACUUGCCAGUUUUUGACGAAAUUUAAACAAAAUGCCGCUCCAUUUUCUUCUAGCAGCAAGAUUAAAGGAAAACAAUUCAACUCUAUUCCAGGACCAGGAACAUACAACAUCAAUAAAAAAAUAAAAUGUCGGAGAUCAAAAUUUAUGGAUAAUUUUGGAUUUCCUAGAGCAGUAAAUUCCGUUGAAAUGAUUUGUGUGAAGAAAGCUGUGGAUUCAUGUCAGAAAUGUAAUAAAAUUUGCGAUGGCGAUUAUUGGCAUAAAGAUUAUAAUCUAUUUCUUUGUCAACUUUGCCGAAACGAAGAACUAACUAUGCACGAAAUCUAUGGAGAAAAAUCAUUGAAAGAAUUUAAGAAAAUAAGGAAUUGUUUCUUCAUGCACGAACAUCAGAAUACAAAUGCAGCGAUCAAAAUAUUACCACUGAGAAAAGUUCGGAAGAAAAUAGAACUUGAAAACUAUUUGACAUAUUACAAUGAAUUAAUAGAAUGUUAAUUUAAACUAGGAAG